AUGUAUUAUUAUUCCGUGUAUCAAAUAUUGCCGGACGCAGGUGUAUGUCAACCAACCCGCACUACUAUCCUGCGCGGCUUCGACUGCACGGCGGUGCUCAGCGACUCUCGCUCCUCGCUCGAUUUGGUCCGGAACCCGGACACGCGCCAUCCCCUCGCUACCCAUAUUCGUCAGAACAUAAGGGAGUUAGAGGGGAAUGGUAAAACCCUCCGGCUCUUCUGGGUGAGAGCUCACGUGGGGGUCCCCGGAAAUGAGCGUGCCGACGAGCUGGCGAGGUUGGCAGCGGCCCAAACUAAAGUUGCCCCGGCGUACGAUAAAUGCCCGCUAUCUUACGUCAAGAGACGAAUAAGGGAGGCCGUAGUUAAAAAAUGGAACGAUAGAUACACCAAUGGGGCCACAGCGUCGGUCACAAAAAUGUUCUUUCCCGAUAUUGCCGGCGCACAUAAAAUUAUAAAGACUCUGGAAAACAAACCAGCAUGGGCACAGAUAUUGACUGGUCACGGAGGAUUCGCCGCGUACCUUCAUAAAUAUAAACUGAAAGACGACUCGGCAUGCGCGUGCGAUUCGGCGGUCCCGGAGACGGUGCAGCACCUCCUUCUGGAGUGUCCGAUGCACGACCGCGACAGAUGUGACCUGGAACUAAGAACAGGAUUUAAAGUAAAUGAAAAAACGAUAUCGGAAAUAAUAUCCAGACCAGACUCCAGGCCACAUCUGGAGCGAUUCUGCUUAUCGAUAUUGAAGGCUGCAAAGAAGAGAAACGGAAGCAGAAUAAACUAA